AUGGUGGUUGACAGAAGUGCAUUGAAUACUGCAGGAACUGAGCAGGAUGCAAAUGGUGUGGAAGAAGGGGUGGAGAUUGUCCUGGGUCUGGCUGGGAUGGAGAUCAUUCCAGGACCUGUCUGGCAGCACCGAGGACCAGGUCUCACCAUGGCAGAGGCACUGUUGGCCGGGGAUGUGCACACCUGGCAGCGUAUUCUGGCCCUGGCUGAGGACCCCCUCCUCAUUCAGGCGCUGGAGCCAGGGGCUGGAGAAGACAGCGACAGCAGUGCCCCAAUGGCCCGAGAACCAGCUGGGAACGGGGUGCAUUUCCAGUGGCUCCAAGGGGUUCCUGAGCCUGGCUCAGAGCUUGGUGGGGCAGAGCAGGCUGCAGCAGCCAAGAGUGCCUCGGCCCGCCUCCUUGGGCUCAAGUGCUCUGGGUGCUGCAGUGCCUGGGGCCAGUGCCAGGCAGCCCAGGGUCUGCAGGAUGGCACCAGUUUGUACGAGCGGUUCCUGCGGCUGGGGGUUUGGGAGGGGAGGCAGCCCCCGAGAGCCGUGCUAAUGCCUGAGGAGCAGCAGGAGGGCUCUGGAUUUGUCCAGCUGGUUGGAGACAACAGCCCCUGCUCAGGACGAGUGGAGAUCCGUGAUGGGGACCAGUGGAAAACCAUCUGUGACUCAGACUUUGGUCCCAAAGCUGCCACCGUGGUCUGCAGGGAGCUGCAGUGCGGCACAGCCCUGUCUGUCGCUGGGGCAGCUCACUUUGGAGAAGGGGAUGGUCCCAUCUGGGACAGAGAGCUGCAGUGUGUGGGGAAUGAAUCCCUUCUUGCUUCCUGCCCCAGGGGAUCCCCAAGGGGCGAGCCCUGCUCCCACGCAAAGGAUGUCGGUGUCACCUGCACACAGUUCACAGGGUUCAGGCUGGUGAACGGCAGCACGGAGUGUGAGGGGAGGGUGGAGGUCCAGGUGCUGGGGACCUGGGGCACCCUCUGUGCCUCCCACUGGGAUCUCUUGGACGCCCACGUUCUCUGUCGUCACCUUGACUGCGGGUUUGCCAAGUCCAUUCCCAGGCCAGGUCAUUUUGGGAGAGCCACCCACCCCUUCUGGAGAGACUCAUUUCACUGUGACGGGACUGAAGGCCACCUGGGGCAGUGCCCAGUGACUGCUCUGGGGGCCUUGUGCUCCCACGAGAGCGAUGCUGCUGUCAUUUGCUCAGGCCCAGCUGACUCCAUGUCCCUGCGGCUGGUGGGUGGAGGGAGCCGGUGUGACGGGCGAGUGGAGAUCCUCCAGCGUGGGACGUGGGGCAGAGUCCUGGAUGACCAGUGGGACAUGCAGGAGGUCAGCGUGGUGUGCCGGCAGCUAGGGUGCGGAGAGGCAGAGAAAGCCUACAACCCCCCAAAGCCCCAGAGAGGGUCGGGUCCCGUGGGGCUACGAGGGGCCCGGUGCGCAGGGCACGAGGCCAACCUGACCCUCUGCAACACCUCCCUGCCCGAGAGUUCAGCGGCGGCAGGGACUGCAGAGGACGUGGGAGUCGUUUGCUGGGGGAGCUGGCAGGUCCGGCUGGUGAAUGGGCCCGGGCGCUGUGCUGGGAGAGUGGAGGUCUACUACCAGGGCAGCUGGGGAACCAUCUGCGAUGACGGCUGGGACCUGUUGGAUGCCACCGUCAUUUGCCACCAGCUGGGCUGUGGCGGGGCAGUGCAGGCGGUUGGCUCCGCUCAGUUCGGGGAAGGCUCUGGUCAGAUCUGGCUGGAUGGCGUGAACUGCUCCGGGGCCGAAGAUUCUCUCUGGGACUGCCCAGCAGGGUCGUGGGGGCAGCACGACUGCGGGCACAAAGAGGACGCAGGAGUCGUCUGCUCAGAGUUCGUGGCCCUGAGGCUGGAGAACAGCAGCAACUGCUCUGGGCGCCUGCAGGUUUUCUAUAAUGGGACGUGGGGCAGCGUUUGCUCCAACUCCAUGACUCCCAAAACGGUGUUGCUGGCAUGCAAGGAGCUGGGCUGCGGGGAUGAAGGGUCCCUAGAAACACAACGGCCCUACGGCAGGACGUCUGGCCCCACCUGGCUAGAUCACGUGCAGUGUGGGGAGAGAAACAGCUCCUUCUGGCAGUGUCCUUCGGCUCCCUGGGAUCCUCAGUCAUGCGAUGACCUGCAAGAUGAGACCCACAUCACCUGCAAUGGGAGACGGCCAGAAACGCCCCCAUCCCUGGGGACUGCGUGCCCAGACUCCACAAGCUGCACAGACAGGGAGAAGAUUCGUGUCGUGGGAGGUGAGGACGGGUGCUCGGGCAGAGUGGAAGUGUGGCACCGUGGCUCUUGGGGGACGGUGUGCGACGACUCCUGGGACAUGCGGGAUGCCGAGGUGGCAUGCCGGCAGCUGGGCUGUGGCCCCGCGGUGUCUGCCCUGCAUGAGGCUGCGUUUGGGAUGGGGACGGGCCCCAUCUGGCUGGAGCAGGUGGAGUGCCGUGGGACAGAGCCGUCUCUGCAGGACUGCUGGGCCCGGCCUGGGGACAGCGGUGCCUGCCGGCACAAGGAGGACGCUGCCGUGAACUGCUCAGGUGAGCGGCAGGCCUGGAGCUGCCCGUUCUGUGUUCCUGCCCGUGCAGAUCCCACGCGGGGCCAUCCAACCAGCAGCGGGAGAGUCUCAUUGCCCGUCAUCAUCUGCAUCGUCCUGGGGGCCCUUCUCUGCCUGCUCCUGGCCCUCCUGGCUGGGCAACUGCGAAGCGCCAGGGCUGGGCGUAGAGGUUCCAGGAGAGCUUGGGAGCCCUUCCCUGAGGCCGUGUAUGAGGAGAUCGGUUACAGCCCAGCGUGGGAGAAGCAGGCGAGGUUCAGUCGCUCAGGCAUCCCUGUGCUGCCUGGAGGUGACCCAGUGGACGGCUAUGAUGAUGCCAGGGAGGUUUCUGACCCUGCGGAGGAUCCUGUCAGGCAUGAACUGAUGCAGAGCGAUGUUCAUGUGGGGCCCCAGAGGGAUCCCGCUGUGCUCUGUAUCUCCCUGCUGAUGCCCAGAGAGGAGCACAUAGGUGUUUCGUCAAUCAUUGCAGCGGGGCCAAGAAACUCUGCUUGA